CUACAUCACUUUUGACUCUAGCAAGGAAUAUUCCCUAUGCCCCAGUAUCAGUACUCAUUCCCACCUAAAUGAUUGGAUGUGCAUUUACUGUAUGAUCACAUCUGCAUCUGUUUUCCUUCAAGUAGAUAUUAAAUCUGCUGCCUUUUCAGCUUUUCUUGGUGCACCGUUCUUGUUCUUGGAGAUUGAUACGAUUUGCAAAUUGCAAGGAUUUUCAGCUGGGUAAUUUUCAGGUCUCUGAAGGGAGGAGGAGCAUGAUCAGGCUGUGGUUGGUGGCCACAUGGCUGAUCGUUUGCGCGGCGGCGCACCCCGGCGAGCAGCCGCUGUCGAGGAUCGCCGUCGAGAGGACAGUUCUUGCCGUCGACGAAUCAGCGCAUGUCAGGGCAUCACCUUUGGUUCUUGGACUGAAGGGUCAGAACAGUGAAUGGGUGGAGGUAGAGUUCUUCCAUCCAAAUCCCUCCAGUGACGACUGGAUUGGAGUCUUUUCUCCUGCAGAUUUUAGUGCUGCAAUCUGUGAACCUGAAAACAAGAGGCAGAGUCCCCCAGACCUAUGCACAGCACCUAUCAAGUAUCAAUUUGCAAACUUCAAAAAUGAUGGCUAUAAUAAGUCUGGGAAGGGCUACCUGAAGCUUCAGUUGAUCAACCAGAGGGAAGAUUUCUCAUUUGCACUUUUUUCUGGAGGCCUGUUGAAGCCGAAGCUGAUUGCUGUCUCAAACAAGGUCACAUUUGCAAAUCCAAAGGUACCUGUUUACCCACGUUUGGCACAAGGGAAAUCUUGGAAUGAAAUGACAGUCACCUGGACAAGUGGAUAUGAUAUUAAAGAAGCAGUUCCUUUUGUUGAAUGGGGUGUGAAAGGAGGCCGUCGGUUUCUUUCUCCAGCUGGAACAUUAACAUUCGACAGAAACAGCAUGUGUGGUGCACCAGCACGAACUGUUGGAUGGCGCCAUCCUGGUUACAUUCAUACAAGUUACUUAAAAGAUCUGUGGCCAGAUUCACUGUAUACCUACAGACUUGGCCAUAGGCUACCAAAUGGAACCCAAAUCUGGAGCAAUUCAUACAGCUUCAAAGCAUCACCUUAUCCUGGACAAGAUUCGUUGCAGCAAGUUGUCAUAUUUGGAGACAUGGGAAAGGCAGAAGCAGAUGGUUCAAAUGAGUACAAUGAUUUCCAGCCAGGUUCACUGAACACUACUUACCAGAUCAUCAGAGACCUGGAAAACAUUGAUAUGGUAGUCCACAUUGGAGACAUUUGCUAUGCAAAUGGUUACUUGUCUCAGUGGGAUCAGUUCACUGCACAGAUCGAACCAAUUGCUUCGACGGUGCCAUACAUGAUUGGCAGUGGUAAUCAUGAGAGGGAUUGGCCUGGAACUGGUUCUUUCUAUGGAAACCUUGACUCAGGAGGAGAAUGCGGUGUUCCUGCUCAAACUGUAUUCUACACUCCUGCCGAGAACCGUGCAAAAUUCUGGUAUGCGACAGAUUAUGGCAUGUUCAAGUUCUGCAUUGUUCAUACAGAAGAGGACUGGAGGCCAGGGACUGAGCAGUACAAGUUCAUUGAGCAAUGCCUGUCAUCAGCUGACAGGCAGAAGCAGCCGUGGCUCAUAUUCCUUGCUCAUCGUGUUCUCGGGUACUCAUCCUGUUCCUAUUAUGAAGAAGAGGAAGGUACAUUUGGGGAACCGAUGGGGCGAGACUCGAUAGAGGAGUUGUUGCAAAAAUACAAAGUUGAUCUUGCCUUCUAUGGCCAUGUUCACAGCUAUGAAAGAACAUGUCCAGUAUAUCAGAGCCAGUGUGUCGUUAACGCAUCGGAUCACUACAGCGGCCUGUUCAAGGCGACGACACAUGUGGUCGUUGGCGGUGCUGGUGCCAGUCUUUCAGAAUUCACCACUUCAAAGAUCAAAUGGAGCCACUAUAGAGACUUUGACCACGGUUUUGUCAAGCUCACAGCUUUCAAUCAUUCAUCCAUGCUAUUUGAGUACAAGAAGAGCCGUGAUGGCAAUGUGUAUGAUCAUUUCACAAUAUCACGCGAUUACCGGGAUAUCCUGGCCUGCUCAGUUGACAACUGCCCUCGGACCACACUGGCUACCUAAAGCAUGAACUGCUCGAGAUGGGGAGAUUAGUUUGAUGGGGCUUCUUAGAGAAUUGUAGACACUGUACAUAGUUCUUUUUGGGCUGUACCAAUAAAUCAAACAUAAAAUUUGCUUGGCUACGAACUUCGUUUUGCUGUACCAGUAGAUGAAAUUCUAAAAGUUUCUUUGUUCUUACCUGAUUAUGAAUAGGUUCAUAAUGUUAGCCAGUUGCCAUGAUUUGCAAAUGUUCAAGGUCUGGAUGAAGAAAACAAGAUAAUAAAAGGAGCAAAGUUAAGCAUAAGUUGUCGAAAUAAGAAUAUAAUAUUCUUCCAAA